AUGAGACAACGACAAUGGGUAGAAUUACUUAGUGACUACGACCGUGAUCUCAAAUAUCAUCCCGGUAAAGCAAGUGUUGUUGCUGACGCGCUAAGUCGAAAAGAUAGAAUUUCCCUAUCUGUCAUAACGAGAGAAAGUUCUUAUUUUGGCUCAUCAUUAAGGGAUAGAGUAUUGGACGAUCAAAAUGAUGCCCUACAGCCAGGGAGUAUCGAGAAAGAAGCAUUGAGGAAUGUUGAACGUUCUAGGUAUUCAAUCCGUCCUGGAACUGACAAAAUGUACCAUGGUCUAAAGGACUUUUAUCGGUGGCCUGCUAUGAAAAGAGAUAUCGCCACUUAUGUCUCAAAAUGUCUAAAUUGUUCAAUGGUCAAGGCGGAGCACCAAAAUCCUUCCGGGCUGCUCCAACAACCCCAAAUUUCUGACUCGAAAUGA